AUGUCCGUGCUUGAAGAACACGCAUCUAUGACUUUAAAUGACUACCCAAGAUCUUCCAGUAUAGCUCAGCGCUUCUACCUAGAUAGUACGCAAUUGUCUUCCAAUCCUACUCUGAACAAUGCUGAUUCGACCAACGCGGAGAACUCAAAACAACCGGGUACUGAGGAUCCGUCUGGUCUUGUGGCGACCUCCACGGAACUGCCAUCCUACGAUCCGGAGGUGGAGAAAAAACUAAUGAGCCAUGGCGAUGUGGUACCCUAUUUCGGUCAACCUAUCUAUAAUGUUCCGGUCCCAUCAAUGAUCAACACUCUCAAUUCGAAUUAUCCCAAUGUAGUUACUCCGACGACGCAAGCCUUUUCAACUACGAACGCGAUCAACUAUUAUGAUUUGUUUGCAGCCCGUUCUCAAACUCAAACAAUGACCACCCCUGUCCAACCGAUACCCUACUAUCCCGGACAGGAUUAUUCCAAAUAUCCACUCGUGCCACCACCAUCUUCAACCAGUCUGGGAUGUAUACAGACCUAUCCAGUGGGGCAGCAUCCGGAUUAUUCGGAUCGCGGUCAGACUGCCUUUCAGACAUCAUCAACUAAUCGGCUCAUGGAAUCAUCCUAUUUUCCAACGUAUGCCGCGCCCGGUACAGAAGGAACACGUUUCAACAGCUGUACAACAAGUGGUGGUACUAUGGACGGACACAGUCGAUGUUCCGAUUCGUUGAACGGUCGACCAACACGUCAUCCUUAUCCAGCCUAUCAUCUCCCGACAACAGACGACCCACUGACACAAACCUGUGUUUCACCGCGUCCAGGCACAAAUGGUGUUGAAUUGUUGGUAAGCAAUUUAGACUACAAUAUUGGAGCAAAAGAAUGGCGUAAACUUCUCUUUACGCAACUCCAAUCGACCAUCAAGAAUGUACACUCAAUUGUGAUUCAGACACAGGCAGAUGGGAGCAAUUGUGCUAUCAUCAAAGUGGGGAGUAUUGAGGAUGCCCGGCUGGCAAUCUCACAUUUUCAUCGGAAAAAGAUAGGAUACAAACGAAUCCAGGUAAAUAUUGUCAGUCCUAAUGGUACUUUCGGCACGAAAGGAUUGAAAAAUGAGGUGGUUUCAUUGCUUCGCUCCGUGUCAAGUAAUGCGUUGCCGGUAUGCAAAUUUAUUGAUCUCUUCGAGAAACGUUUCCAUCGGAGUAUUAGUGUGUCCGAUCUCUACAAAAUGCGUGAUGUGAUCGAGAUUAAGGAACAGCCGGGCAGUCAAGGUGGACGUCUGGUUGCACUCAGUGUUCGCGCACAACGAUUUGAAGGCAUUGAGACAAACCCCACAGCAGACCCCGUGCUCUGUCGUCGUCAUUGUGUCGAAGGUAGUCAGGAAUAUUUGCAGGCUAUGGAUUGCGCUAUGCUUCCGAAUGUUCAAGUAUCCCUGAAUGUGUUUCGUCAACACGUACUGAAAUUGCUACAAGAUCAUGGCGGUUCAAUGCCUCUACUCAGUUUUCCUGCCUGCUACAAGGCUGAGUUUGGCGAGUUGACUGUGAUACCGUCCAGUCCUAACCAAACCCCAACUGGUGGAAAUGCGGACACAAGUGGAACGCUUAAGCAAUCGAGCAACCCAACCACUACAGAGUCCGUGCAGCCAACUGCGGCUGAUUCCAGUCAAUCCGCCUCUGCAACCUCCACUGUGGCCGGAACAUCAAGCGGUGCAUCCACUGGCUCAAAUCCCACGAUGGAAACGGAAACUAACCAUGAGCGAACAUCUGAGGUAACAAAUUCAGUACCUUCAGCUGGUGUGCCACUGGAACACUUGCUUACUUCCGUCCCAUCCGUUCGCAUUCUUGUUGAACAGAAUGGGGUACGAAAACUUUUGUUUGACCCAGGUUUCGACCAGAUGCAAUCCGCACAUCCAAUCAACGGAUUGUCUGGACCUUGCCAUCUUCCUCCGAAUGGGGAUUUGUUCUGUAAUAACAAAAGUCAUCUACCGGACCCGUUAAAUCCGAUUAGUCCGUCCAUCAGUCAACCGGGUGUGCAUGUUUCCGGUGUAUGUCCAAACGGUACAUCCACACCCGGAGUUCUACUGGAUCAGUUGCACCAGUUCAGUCGUGAGGUUGUGGAUCUAUUGAAACAUCAACCGGGCUGUCAGAUUCUGUUAAGCAAAUUCAUUCCCAGUUACCAUCAUCAUUUUGGUAAACAGUGUCGCGUGGCUGACUACGGCUAUUCGAAACUACACGAACUGAUCGAUGCAUUGCCCAGUGUGGUGCAUGUCAUGGGGUCCGGUCAUGUGCGUCUGCUCACUCUGUCACACCGGGUCCAGGUUAGACGAUUCACAAACGAACUGAUCAAAGUGCUCAAAUCGCAGUCCACCAAAUCGUGUCGUCUGACUGACUAUGCGGCCAUUUAUCGACGUAUCUAUCGCAAGGAUUUCCGUAUUACUGAUUACGGUGUCUGCUACCUAUCCGACAUGCUUAUGGAAGUCUCUGACAGUGCGGUUGAGAUCAGUCAAGUGAAUGGUGACACGGUGAUCUCGUUGCCGAAACGUGUCCAAACCAUGGAGGAACGGGAACGGACCGAGUUGUUCGCAAUCGAGGUGGCCGAUUUGUUGUGCCAGUCGCCCCGCCGGCAAUGCCGUGUUGCGGACUACGGAUUUACUAAAUUGAUCGAUCUCUUGGAAGCGGUCCCAAAUGUGGUUCAGGUGAGUUAG